AAAACUAUUUAAAAAUAUCAUCUAUAGUUAUAAUAAUAAUAUUGUUAAAAUUUAUUCUAAGUUUUCUGAUAUGGAUUUAAUGGUGUACAUACCUGAGGAAGUGGACGGAGAUAAAAUUACUCAGUUAACUCCAAGCACGGUUCAUAAUUGUGAAACAUCAAAAAUUGAUAUAAAAGAGGAUAUAAUAGCAGGAUCUUCAUAUAUAAGAAAAUUUUGGUAUUGUUUCUUUUUUAUAUGCACAAUAUCAUUUGAACAUCCAUUUACAAAAUGGCGAUUCAAAAAUAAGAGAAUAUUAAAUUAUGAAAUUAGUAGACACUUCAGAUCUUAUCGAUAUACGAUACAUCCUUUUAGUAUUUUUAGGUUAUUUAUUUAUAUUAUAUUAUAAUUUUAAUUAUAUAGAAUAAAUUAAUUAUACUCAUAAUUAUAGCUCGCACGUAUACAUAUUCUUUCCAUAGAAAAUAUUGGGAAACAAUAAUGGUUAUUAUCGGCAUUAUAACUCUAAUUAUUAAUCCUAUAUUUAUUUCAUUUUAUAUGAACAAGAAAGAACAAUGGUACAUAUUUAGUAACGUCUUAGAUGGUAUUAUUUUAUGUGAUAUAAUUAUGUGCUUUUUUACUGGAUAUUACGAUCAUUGGACAAACAUCGUUAUUUUAGAUCGCCGUUUAAUCGCAGUAAAAUAUAUGAAAAGUACUUUUAUAGUGGAUGUUUUAUCUGCUUUACCAUAUCAAUUAAUUGAUUUUAUAGUCUACAAAUCAAUUUGGUAUUGCGCUAUGUUCAAAUUAAUCAAGAUUAUUAGAAUACGAGCAAUUAUUAUUUAUUCUCGAAGACUUUGUUGUAUAUAUCAUAUGGAUCGUCAAUGGUAUCAACUAUUUGAAAUGAUUAUGAUUAUCAUAAUAUCUAUACACUGGGCAGCAUGUCUUGAAUAUUUUAUACCAUUGACAGUGUCCAAUAUUUAUGGAAGAAACAGAGGGUCAUGGAUUGAUUCCCCUGCAUUAAAGGAAAGAACAACAAAUUAUAGAAAAUAUUUAAUUUGCUUGAAUAGAGCUAUUAUUGCUCUAGUUUGUUCAGCUCAUUAUUUAGACACGAAAACGCCAGACGAUAUUUUAUUAAAUAUUGUAUUAUCAAUCAUUGGUAUUCUUGGUUUUAUUUAUGUUUUAGCACAACUUAUGCACUUUAUAAUAACAUUGCAUUCGGCCACCAAAAAACACUAUAAACAUAUUCAACAAUUACAAGAAUAUAUGAGGUAUAAGGAAUUACCUUAUGCCUUACAAUGCCGUCUAUUAGAAUAUUUUAAUUAUUAUAACAAAAAAGAUUUAGAUAGACAUCAACGUAUAAUCAAUCAAGUUUCCUCUUAUUUGCAAGAGGAACUUAUUUGGCAUACUUAUAAGAAAUUUAUUAACAAUGUGCCAUUAUGUCAACAUAUUCCAAAAUCAGUUGUCUCUCAAUUAACAAAUAUGUUACACUCUGUAAUUUAUUUAGAAAAUGACAUAAUAGUCAAAGCUGGCGAAGAAGAAGAUGGACUCUAUUUUAUCUCAUCUGGGACAGUUGCGGUUUAUACCAACUUAUGGAAAGAGGUUUGUCAUUUAGGAGAUGGAGCAUAUUUUGGAGACUUAGCUUUAUUUGUGAAAAGUAUGCAACAUACUGCUAAUAUUAUUGCCAUAGAAACUUGUGAGAUUUAUAUAUUAUAUAGAGUGAAUUUUCAAACCAUUAUGGAAUCCCAUCCAGAUUUAUUUAAUAUUUUAUAUAACACAGUGUUAAAGUUUGUGAAAAAACUUGAAUCCUAAACAUAGUUUCGAUUAACACGUUGAGCGCCACGUUAAUUCUUAAGUUGAACGUCAACUAUCCGUUUAGGCCGCUGCUAACGGGGAUUUCCUUUAGAAUUCGCGUAGCAUUCAACUUAUAUUAAACGUUCACAUUUUUUUUUUUUAUAACUAAUUUAAAAAGUAGUUAACUAAUGGAUCAUUAAUUUUGCAUUUUGUUUAAUAUUUCUCAUUACUAUUUUUAA